UUAAUAGAAUAGGAAAUAAUAAAUAAAUCUUAAUCAGAAUUAAAAAUUAUCUAAACUAAAGAUUUCAAUUCAAAAUAGGAAGUCUAGCACGGUGUCAUUGACUAAGCUGAUUAUCCUACGCAAAAAGUUAAUAUGAUAAAGAACUUCGAAAGAGGUGAUCAAAUACAUAAUUUUAGGGAUGGUUUGCAAAUCACAAUACAGAAAGUUUGAGCAAACUUACUAAAAAAAAUAAUUUUGCGUCACAGUUUGACUGUCACAUUAUUUCUGUUGAAAUUUCUUCCCCUUUUGCAAUCCAGAGCCCUUACGAUGUUGAGCACUGUAGUUGGUCAAUUUCGCUUAUCUUCUUCGUGGAAGCAGGUAGCCUCCGUCCACCCCUGACACCGAGUUUUCAACACUUACCCCCCUUAUUCUAGCAAUUCCACGCCAUUAUUUUAGUCCACACGGUAUGGUCGUCCCCACAUAAGAUGUGCUUGAAACCGGCCAUGCUUCUGAAGUUGUCUUUGCUUUUGCUUCAACCAAUAGUUUUGUCUCUUUUCUCCUCUUUGUCAAACUCUAAUCAUAAAACAAAACAAAAUAAUCGCUGGCAAUUAGCCUCUUAAAACCAAACUUGAUAGACUUGCUUACCUCCAAAUGCUUCUCUCCUUUUCUCUUCGUUCUUCUACUCCAGAUGGGUCCUCUCUACUUCUUCAUAUCUCACAAACCUCUUCUCAUUUGUUUUAUUGUCUUCUUCUUCUUCUUCACUACUUUGGCGGAGGAAUCCCUGUCAGCAGAUCAAAAGUUCCAGGCUUGUGCACCAACAUCCUGUGGCAAAGGCCCCAAUAUAAGCUACCCUUUUCUCUUAUCUAACGUUCAAGAAUCCUUCUGUGGCUACCCACAUUUCAACAUCACUUGUAAGCAAGAAUACCCAGUUCUCAGAAUCUCCAGUGAUGAUUAUAUCAUUAAAGAUAUCUUUUAUAACAAUCAGUCCUUCCUCGUAGCUAGUGCUUUGGUCUAUGAGGAGGAUACAUGUCCAAUUCCUUUGCAUAAUGUGACCCUUGAUCUAGCUCCCUUCAAUAUUAGUCCUGGCUAUAUUGAUUUUUCCUUCUUAUACAAUUGUACCUCAGAGCCUGCAAACUACCCUAUAUAUCCCAUAAGUUGUGCCACCAAUUCUACUGUUUCUUCUUUUGCGGGGUUUCACAUUGAAGAACUGGAGUUAUACUACAGCUAUUCUUUGAACUCAUGCAACUACUUCGUCAAUGCUCCUUUGCACACUGGUAGUGAUGUUUAUAGUUUGUACAAUAAGGAUUAUACUGAGAUUUUGAAGCUGGGGUUCCUCUUGAAUUGGACCGCGCAUAAUUGCAGCACUUGUGAGAGAAGUGGUGGCCGCUGUGGAUUUGAGAAUCAUGAAUUUGUUUGUUUUUGUCAUGAUCAAACUCAUCUCAAUUCCUGUGAUGAUGGCGAUGGUAUGAAUGUGGGAAUGAAAGUUGGUAUAGGUGUUGGGUCAGCUUUUGCAGGUGGAGCCAUAAUGUGUUUAAUCUUCUACAUCUAUAUACGGCGCCGCAAGAGAAAACCAAAUGCUCCAUCUUCCUUUGUUUCUCGAAGCAUCACAUCAGACUUCGCUUCAAAAUCAGAUAUUGAGAGAGGAGGACUCUACUUUGGGGUCCCUGUUUUCACCUAUGCUGAACUUGAAGAGGCUACUAAAAAUUUUGAUUCUGCUAAGGAACUUGGAGAUGGAGGUUUUGGAACAGUAUAUUAUGGAAAACUCCGAGAUGGGCGUGCUGUUGCAGUCAAACGCUUGUACGAGAACAAUUACAAGAGAGUUGAGCAGUUCAUGAAUGAAGUUGAGAUCCUAACUCGCUUGCGCCAUCCACAUCUUGUCUCACUAUAUGGGUGCACCUCUCGCCACAGCCGUGAGCUCCUACUGGUAUACGAGUACAUUCCCAAUGGCACAGUUGCUGAUCAUCUUCAUGGACAAAGGGCUAAGCCUGGUGCACUCCCAUGGAAAACUCGAAUGAAAAUUUCUGUGGAGACUGCUAAUGCAUUGGCAUAUCUCCAUGCUUCAGAUAUUAUCCACCGUGAUGUGAAAACAAACAACAUUCUUCUUGACAACACUUUUUGUGUUAAAGUUGCAGAUUUUGGAUUGUCGCGCCUCUUUCCAUUGGAUGUCACCCAUGUUUCAACUGCUCCACAAGGAACUCCUGGUUAUGUCGAUCCAGAGUAUCAUGAAUGCUAUCAGCUGACAGAUAAGAGUGAUGUCUAUAGUUUUGGGGUGGUCUUGAUUGAGCUCAUAUCAUCAAUGCCUGCUGUUGAUAUCACUAGGCAUCGCCAUGAGAUUAAUUUGUCUAACAUGGCAAUCAAUAAGAUCCAAAGCGACGCAUUGCAUGAGCUUGUAGACCGUAAUCUUGGAUUUGAAUCGGAUAAUGCAACAAGGAUAAUGAUAACUGCAGUGGCAGAGUUGGCAUUUCAAUGUUUGCAAGGUGCAAAGGAGAUGAGACCAUCUAUGGAAAAUGUGUUAGAGACUCUAAAGGAGAUACAAAGCAAGGGCUACAAUAUAGGAAAAAAGAUACAGGAGAUAGAUAUUCAAUCAGAUGAUGUUGGGUUGUUGAAGAGUUGUCAGUUGCCACGUUCUCCAGAUACAGUCAUGACGCAAUGGACUAGCAGUUCCACAACAUCUAAUAAUAGUAGUUAAGUUUUGCUUGUUUCACUGAGUUUAGCAGUAAAUAUAUAGAUAGUGUUGAAUGAGUGCUGGUAUCAUCAUAUGCAAUGAGGCAUGGGAAAAUUUCAGUUUCUUUUCAUCUGUGAGACAUGAGUAUUUUGGAAGGGAUGUACAUAUGGUCUGGGAAGUCAUUGGUGUUAGGUUGGUAUUUUGGGUAAUUACCUUAUUUGCAUAUGUUACUUUCAACUGAUUUUUUGCUUUUGUACUAAUUAUUAGUUGAAAUAAAAGAUUGUUUUAUUCAUCA